CGUACCCGAGCCUUGCAGCAGAGUUAACUUUUUAAUCCCGGUUUUGUCGCGUUAUCGCACACAAGAGGAGGAGGCGGAGGAGGUGGUGGAGAGAAAGGGGGAUAAAAAGUCAGUCAUGCUAUGAGGUUAGGGUGAAAGCCGGAGCGUCUUCUUGUAAAAGAAGCCCGUUGAUAUUUAAUUGUGCACAGGAGAAGAAGAGAAGAAGAAGAAGAAGAAGAGGAGGAGGAGGGAAGAAGGGGAAGGGAAGCCCAGAGAAGAGAGAGAAAAGCGGGGUACACGAUGCAGCUGGCCGCGGUGCUGUGGGGCGCCCUCAUAACUUUGCUUCUCAGCCAGAGUCCAGGAGUUCAGGGCAGCACUGAGUGCUCGUGUGGGAGGAACCACUUUACAUGUGCAAUCAGUGCAUUUGGGGAGUGUACCUGCAUCCCGGCCCAGUGGCAGUGUGACGGAGAUAACGACUGCGGGGACCACAGUGAUGAGGAUGGAUGCAUGCUCCCCACCUGCUCGCCGCUGGACUUCCACUGUGACAACGGCAAAUGUAUCCGCCGCUCCUGGGUAUGUGACGGAGACAACGACUGCGAGGAUGACUCCGACGAACAAGACUGCCCUCCCAGGGAGUGUGAGGAGGACGAGUUUCAUUGCCAAAACGGCUACUGUAUUCGCAGCCUCUGGCACUGCGACGGCGACAACGACUGCGGGGACAAUAGUGACGAACAGUGUGACAUGCGUAAAUGCUCAGACAAGGAGUUCCGCUGCACGGAUGGGAGUUGCAUCGCUGAGCACUGGUAUUGUGACGGAGACACGGACUGUAAGGAUGGAUCAGAUGAGGAAAACUGCCCUUCAGAUGUGAUGACAGCCACCUGCAGCGUGGAGGAGUUCCAGUGCGCAUAUGGCCGCUGUAUCCUGGACAUCUACCACUGCGACGGCGACGAUGACUGCGGAGACUGGUCGGAUGAAUCGGACUGCUCUUCCCACCAGCCAUGCAGAUCAGUGGAAUUCAUGUGCAGCAGUGGGAUGUGCAUCAAUGCUGGCUGGCGGUGCGACGGCGAGUACGAUUGUGACGACCAGUCCGACGAGAAGAACUGCACCACGUCCAUGUGCACGGCCGACCAGUUCCGCUGUGGAACUGGACGCUGUGUUCGGUUGUCAUGGAGAUGCGAUGGUGAGGAUGACUGCUCGGAUCGCAGCGAUGAAGAGGGCUGUGAGAAAACUGAGAGUCCUCCGUGCGCCCCUGAUCAGUUCCAGUGUGGGAAUGGGCGUUGUAUCGGCCUGAGAAAGGUGUGCAAUGAGGUCAACGACUGCGGCGACGGGACUGAUGAACACCCACACCGCGACUGCCGGCCACGCUCCAGCGAGGGUAACUGCAACCAGAAUAACGGCGGCUGCUCCCAGAAGUGUCAGAUGGUGAGAGGACUGGUCCAGUGCACCUGUCACACUGGAUACCGACUGAUGGACGACGGCAAAACCUGCCAGGAUGUGGAUGAGUGUGCUGAAGAAGGCUACUGCAGUCAGGGCUGUACCAACACAGAGGGGGGGUUCCAGUGCUGGUGCGUUCAGGGCUACGAGCUCCGACCUGACAAGCGCAGCUGCAAAGCUCUGGGUCCGGAGCCAGUGCUGCUGUUUGCCAACCGCAUCGAUAUCCGUCAGGUUUUGCCACAUCGCUCGGAGUACACCUUGCUACUCAACAACCUGGAAAAUGCCAUCGCUUUAGACUUCCAUCAUAGUCUUGAGCUCGUCUUCUGGUCAGACGUGACUCUGGACCGCAUCAUGAAAGCUAACCUCAACGGUUCCAAUGUAGAGGAGGUCGUGUCCACGGGUCUGGAGAGCCCAGGUGGACUGGCCAUAGACUGGAUCCAUGACAAGCUAUACUGGACAGACUCUGGGACAUCCCGUAUCGAGGUGGCAAACCUGGACGGGACACACCGUAAAGUUCUGAUCUGGCAGAACAUGGAGAAGCCCAGAGCCAUUGCACUGCACCCCAUAGAGGGUAAGAUCUACUGGACCGACUGGGGUAACACACCUCGCAUCGAGUACGCCAACAUGGACGGCUCUAACCGUCGGGUCAUCGCAGACACACACCUGUUCUGGCCCAACGGCCUGACCAUCGACUACGCCGGCCGCCGGAUGUACUGGGUGGAUGCCAAGCACCAUGUCAUUGAGAGAGCCGACCUGGACGGACGCAACCGCAAGGCUGUCAUCAGCCAAGGCCUUCCUCACCCGUUUGCCAUCACAGUGUUUGAGGACAGCCUCUACUGGACUGACUGGCACACCAAGAGCAUCAACAGCGCUAACAAAUUCACUGGCAAGAACCAGGAGAUAAUCCGCAACAAGUUGCACUUCCCCAUGGACAUCCACACACUGCACCCACAGAGGCAGCCCGCAGGUGGCAGAAACCGCUGUGGCACCAACAACGGAGGCUGCAGCCACCUGUGUCUCCCCAGCAACAAGACGUACACCUGCGCUUGUCCCACCGGCUUCAAGAAGGUGGACAGUUACGUCUGUGCCACUGGUCUUGACAAGUUCCUGCUUUUUGCCCGAAGGACGGACAUCCGACGAAUCAGCUUCGACACCGAGGACAUGUCCGAUGAUGUCAUUCCUCUGGCUGACGUGCGCAAUGCCGUGGCCCUGGACUGGGACUCCAAAGAUGGCUACGUCUACUGGACAGAUGUCACCACUGACUCAAUCAACAGAGCACUGUGGAACGGCACCAAGCAGGAGGUGGUGGUGGAAACCAGUUUGGAGAGUCCAGCAGGUUUGGCAAUUGACUGGGUGACCAACAAGCUGUACUGGACUGAUGCUGGUACUGAUCGUAUCGAGGUUUCUAACGCCAAUGGGAGCAUGCGGACUGUCCUUAUAUGGGAGAACCUGGACCGGCCGCGGGACAUUGUAGUUGACCCCGUUGGAGGCUUCAUGUACUGGACCGACUGGGGCGCCAACCCAAAGAUCGAGCGUGCAGGAAUGGACGCCUCCAAUCGAAUUGUCAUCAUUUCAUCCAAUCUGACGUGGCCCAAUGGGCUCGCCAUUGAUUAUGAGACCAAGCGGCUGUACUGGGCCGAUGCUGGCAUGAAGACUAUUGAAUAUGGCAACUUUGAUGGUUCUGAUCGACAGGUUUUGAUUGGCAGCCAGCUGCCUCACCCCUUUGGGUUAACUGUACAUGAGGACAAGCUGUACUGGACAGACUGGCAGUCCAAGAGCAUUCAGAGCGCCGACAAGCUCACUGGUUUGGGGCGACACACCCUGGCUGAAAACCUAGAGAAUCUAAUGGACAUCCAUAUGUUCCAUCGACACCGCGAGACAGUGCGUAACCCAUGUGCAGUAAAUAAUGGAGGCUGCAGCCACCUCUGUCUCCUGGCGCCUGCUCCCAAAGCCUCCAGCUGUGCCUGUCCCACUGGGAUCAACCUGCAGACGGAUGGAAAGACCUGCACACCUGGGAUGAGCAGCUUCCUGAUCUUUGCGCGGAGGACGGACAUCAGGAUGGUUUCUCUGGACAUCCCCUACUUUGCAGAUGUGGUUUUGGCCAUCAAUAGCACCAUGAAAAACACUAUUGCCAUUGGUGCUGACCCCAAAGAAGGAAAAGUCUACUGGUCUGACAGUACACUGAAGAAAAUCAGCAGAGCCAACAUCAAUGGGGGAGCACAUGAAGACAUCAUAUCUACAGGGUUGAUGACGACUGACGGUUUAGCAGUGGAUGCUGUUGGCAGGAAGAUCUACUGGACAGACACAGGAACCAACCGCAUUGAGGUUGCCAACUUGGACGGCUCCAUGAGGAAAGUUCUGGUCUGGCAAAACCUGGACAGCCCUCGAGCAAUCGCCCUCUACCAUGAGAUGGGAUAUAUGUACUGGACGGACUGGGGAGAGCAUGCCAAGCUGGAGCGCUCAGCAAUGGAUGGGUCAGACCGUGUGGUGCUCAUCAGUAACAACCUGGGCUGGCCCAAUGGCCUGGCCAUUGAUAUGGCUGGCUCUCAAUUACUGUGGGCUGAUGCGCACACUGAGCGUAUCGAGGCAUCUGACCUCAAUGGGCAGAACCGCCACACCCUUGUGACUCCGGUCCAGCACCCGUACGGUUUAACCCUGCUGGGGUCCCACAUCUACUGGACAGACUGGCAGAGCCGAAGCAUCCAGCGAGCCGACAAGAACUCCGGGACCAACACCAUCACGGUGCGAGCCAACCUGCCAGGCUUGAUGGACAUCCAGGCUGUAGACAGGGAGAGGCCUCUGGGUUUUAAUAAGUGCGGCAGAAGGAAUGGGGGCUGCACUCACCUGUGCCUGCCUCGUCCCAACGGCACUUCCUGCGCCUGUCCCACGGGGAUUUUGCUCAAGGGAGAUGGCAGGUCAUGCGAUGAUUCCCCAGAGACAUUCCUCCUCUUCUCCAACCGCGUCAGCGUACGCAGAAUCUCUCUGGACACCAGCGACCACACUGACGUGCACGUACCAGUGCCUGAGCUGCACAACGUCAUCUCAUUAGACUACGACAGCGUUGAUGGAAAACUUUACUACACUGAUGUCACCUUGGAUGUUAUUAGGCGUGCAAACCUGGACGGCAGUGGCAUGGAGACGGUGAUUAGCCAGGGCCUGAAGACUACAGAUGGGCUAGCUGUGGACUGGGUGGCCAGAAACAUGUACUGGACUGACACUGGACGCAACACCAUAGAGGUGGCCCGUCUAGAUGGAACUAGCCGCAAAGUCCUGGUCAACAACAGUUUAGAUGAACCCCGAGCUAUUGCGGUGUUCCCAAGCAAAGGGUUCCUGUUCUGGACUGACUGGGGCCACAUUGCGAAGAUUGAGCGAUCUCACCUGGACGGCUCGGACCGGAAGGUUCUGAUCAAUACCGACCUGGGAUGGCCCAACGGCCUAACGCUAGACUACGACACACGAAGGAUCUUCUGGGUGGAUGCUCACUUGGACAGAAUCGAGAGUUCUGACCUCAAUGGGAAAUUACGUCAGGUCCUCGUCAGCCCCGUGUCCCACCCGUUCGCCCUUACACAGCAAGACCGCUGGAUCUACUGGACGGAUUGGCAGACUAAGUCCAUCCAGCGGGUGGACAAACACAACGGCCGUAACAAGGAAACCGUGCUGGCCAACGUGGAGGGCCUCAUGGACAUUAUAGUGGUAUCUCCUAAGAGACAGACGGGUACUAACCUCUGUGGGAUAAAUAACGGGGGUUGCACUCACCUUUGCUUCGCCAAAACCAACAGUUUUGUGUGCGCGUGCCCCGAUGAACCAGAUGGGCGACCCUGCUCCACGAUUUCAGGUUACGUCCCCACCUCUCCUGCCAGAGGGACCAGCAGCACUCCCGUCCCCAACAAGAUUCCCAAAGCUCCAACAGACAUUCCACACAGAGGACCCUCGCCGGUCAACUGCACUGACAAGAACCUAAACACAGAAGGGUGCGUGAACACUGUGGUGACAGCUCCUCACGGAGAGGGACUCCAUAUCAGCUAUGUGAUCGGUGGGGUUCUGACCAUCCUGGCCAUUCUGAUCCUCAUUGCCGCUUUGAUCAUUUACAGACAUAAAAAGUCAAAGUUUGCUGACCCGGGAGUGAGCAAUCUGACCUACAGUAACCCCUCAUACCGGACGUCCACACAAGAGGUGAAGAUCGAGGCAUCGCAGAAGCCUCCGAUAUACAACCAGCUUCGAUAUAAGAAAGAGGGGGGAGUGGACGGAGGCUACACCAAGGAGAAGAUCCGCAUUGUGGAGGGCGUGUGCCUCCUGUCCAAUGAAGAGCUUUACUGGGAUGACCUAAAACAGAUCAAGCCGUCUCGAGGCGGCCUGCACACCUGCAUGCGCACAGACACCGUGUCCCUGCAGGCCAGCAGCGCUUCGCUAGACGACGGCGAGACAGAGCAGCUCCUCCAGGAGGAGGCGUCUGAAUGCUCGUCCAUAACCACCCUGACCCCUUCUGCCAUCACCCCACAGCGUCACGCCCAGCACAGCCUGCCCGACACCGGCUGGGCCUCCGUACGCAAACCCUCCACCGAGAGCGAAGUGUGAAGGAGGCCCGCUGACCUCCGUGCUUUAUCUCAAGCAUCGUUACCUAAUACACACAUGCAGUCACCUGUAUUUAGAGCUGGUACAAACACACAAAGAUGAAUAGGUACAGACACAGUAACAGCUACAUAUGUAAACUAACGGUACAUAUCAACCUGGUUAGACACAACUAAGCUACAAAACACACAUCUCUUGUCUUUGAAAUUGGGGCUCCGUCCUACUUGUCCACAUGUGCAGUGCAGUCCUCCGACAGUAGCCUCGGUGCUGCUGCCUCAAGGCAAAAUGGAGCAUGCUGGAAUAAGACCGCAAAGGCCUCCGGGGAGGAAGUGAACAGAGAGACACGAGCGUUACCGUGGAGCCUUUUUAAAGGAUAGAGACUCUCAAUGUGACAAACGCUUCUCUGUGUAAAACUUCACCUUUCUUUAUUGCAAACUUUUCAUUCUGGACGAAGCUAAAGGAACAUACUCCCUGGACGAUGUAACCACAAAGUUCUAAUGCCACUCAUGUCUUUAUUUAUGAACCUUUUUUUUUUUAAACUUGUAGAGUGGGUUUGCUGACUUUCAGAGAAUGAUGAGUGCGCUAAGCUAGAAGUUUUAUUUUUUUGUGCAGCAGCACCUGUUUGUUUGUUUUUUUUUCCAAGAGUUGUAUUUAUGACAGUGCCAAAGGGUGGGACUUCAGAGUCUCCAUGCUUCUUUCUCCAUUUACACUUCAACAGAAAUUUAUCUUCAUUCUGGGAUGUUUGUUUCCUCUGACUUGCCCCCUCAUCGGUGGGAGACCUCAGUGUUGGCAUCUGCUUCUGAAUUCUUAUUUUACAGCCUCCAAGGGAUUGAACAAGAAAUUACUGUAGCAGGUUCUCAGUCGGCUGCAGAAGGCCGUUCAUUUUCUGCAGAAGUAACCUGGAAGGAGCCUUUUCUGUUUAAGUUGUACUUCAGUCAUCGCUGAUCCUCGGGCAUAGCAGAAGUCGCCUCGAUGAAGUAACAGCCUAAGUGCCAAAUGUUGAAUUCCUUUUCCUGUUUCAGCUGUAUAUUUAUUUUUUCUCAGAUGUACAUGUACAUGGCAUUUUCUCUCAUUUUCACAGCUAAAGCUGUUGAGCCAUGCAGAUAGUUGGUUGUAUGAAUCCAGGUAUUUUCUUCUGUCCAAAAAAACUGAAACCACUUUACUUCCUUGGUCUUUCCAAAAGAAAUAGGAAACAUGUUUCUUUCUGAGGUUUACAUUCCAGGUAGGUGAUUAAGUGAGCUUCAAAGAGAAAGAUUAACAAUACACAAAUUAACAAAUUUUAGAUAAAAACAAAAACUAAACAAAACAGAUUUUUAGAUCACCACAAAUGCUGGUGUGAAGCAAGUCUUGCCGCUUGGCAGCCAUCUUUGAAACGCCCCUCAGGCAGUUAUCCUUAAUUUCUAUGGUCACAUGGACAUAAAAAGCCAUGUGAAUAGACUCCCCAGUUUUUGUUCAUAUUAUGGAUACAGUAAGACCAGAAAAAGCUCUUUUUUCACAAAUAAGCGUCUUACCUUAUCUUACCUACACCUGCCUGGGGUGUGACCCUCUGCUGGGCUCAUGUGUCAGUGCUUACAGCACGAUUGGCUAAUGUGUUUUCUAUUUUGGAUGUUUAUUGGCUCUUUGGAAGUAGACGCAGCCCAACAGUUAGCCCACAGAUUUGUGUUCAGUAUUGUUAUUAUAGCGUCUCUAGAAUUCAAUUUUCUUACUUCUGGAACAACAAAGUUCCACUUUUCCACUUUAUAUGGACGGUGCCGAGUUUCAGAGGCAAAGACGUCAUGACAUCAAAAAAAAAAACAAAAAACUUGGCACAUACAACCGGAAUUAUCUGCUUGGCCAAAAAACAAACAAACUGAGAAGUAAACGGGAACAUUUGUCCUUUUUGUUGUUUCUGUUUCGAUCCAUCAUGUGUAAAUCUUUCAGGUGCACUCACAGUGUCUGCUGCAGUACAGAGCAACAAAAGGGGUGACUUAGAAACACUGUGCAUGUCUGAGCUCAUUACGCAGUGCGGGUUAUAGUUGAGAAAUUUAUCACUGACAACUUACUGAAAACUGAAUUUAAAGGAUAUCGUGCAUCGCUUUAUCGUUAGAGUCCCAUUCUGUCUGUUGAAUGUGGUACAAAUGGAAAUACUAUAUUGAUAUAUGGACAAAUAUAUCUUUUAAACAUUAUAGAAUCAUGUAUUUUGAAGUAUCUGCUACAAGCUCAGCAACACGCUGAUCUGCUGCUAGACGAAGCACUGAGGCCAAUGAGAGAGGGGCUUGGCAGCUACAUGACUACAGUCUCUGAUGGUUGGUCGAGGGCAGGCCUGCAGAGCAUCAUAGCGACCCGGUAUCCGAUAAUCCAGACUCACAGUCCCUCCAACUCUGCUGCAGGAAUGCUAAAACUGUACAGAUUUUAUCAUGCGGAUAUAUACAAACAUUUUUGUUGAUACUGAGUUAAGUUGUAUAGUCUUUUGUACAAAGGGAUUUCAUGAGCGUUUCUAGACUUGUAUUAAUUUUACUCACUGGAAAGAACAAAAUGUUUGUUUUUCUUUUUGUUUUGUUUUUGCUGGAUUAUUUUAACCACUGUGUUCCCAAGCCUUGUAAAUGAUAGGGAAAGAUGCCAGUUAUUUAAUAGUGCUCUUUUAUCUUAUGAAAUACUGGUCACGUAUAGCUGUUGUAAAGUUAACAAAAAGAGAUAUUUAUGAUUUUCAUUUUCGUUGUCACUUGAUGUGUAAAUAUGAAAAGACUGUAUAUGUAUGGCAGUACUAACAAGCUGUGUUGUGUGAUAUAGUGAAUUAUCCCUUUGCUAUCUUUUAAUAUAAAAUUGCAUUUGCAUUUCAA